AUGUCACACACACAUCUGUCGAAGCUACUGGCAUCAUCAUUCAAGCCAGCACCACCAUCAUCGUUGCCAGAGAUCGUUAUCUCCAAGUUGGACGGUUUAGUCAACUGGGCACGUACUGGUUCACUCUGGCCAAUGACAUUCGGUCUCGCCUGUUGUGCAGUGGAGAUGAUGCACGCAUAUGCCGCUCGUUACGAUAUGGAUCGUUUCGGUGUCAUUCCUCGUGCCUCCCCACGUCAGUCUGACUGUAUGAUCGUCGCCGGUACCCUAACCAACAAGAUGGCACCUGCUUUGCGCAAGGUCUACGAUCAGAUGCCAAUGCCAAGAUACGUAGUCUCUAUGGGCAGUUGCGCCAAUGGAGGUGGAUAUUAUCACUACAGUUAUUCAGUGGUCAGAGGAUGUGACCGUAUCGUCCCAGUCGAUGUGUACAUCCCAGGUUGUCCACCAACUGCUGAAGCAUUCGUAUAUGGAAUUCUGCAGCUGCAGAAGAAGAUCUCGAGAGAGCAGGCCUUGCUGACAUGGUGGAGAAAGUAA